AUGCACUGGAAACUAGAUAAAGGAACAGGGGGAAGGGUCUGUCUGAAAUGCGUUGUCGUUCUGUUGGCGAUGUUGUCCUUGGCGUUUUCUUCUUCGGUGCUAUCAGAUGACGAUUCUUCGGCCGGUGCAGACGACACGAACACGGGAAAUACUGCAGCAAUCGAGGUCGAUGAUUUGGAGAAUGAUGUUGGUGAUGGGGCCAUCGUCGAUGCUGCCGUUGAGAAGGAAGGCAACGUGGACCCGGUUGACGAAAGGAUACGACUCUUCCAGUACGAUCCUGUUGAAGUUGGACACAUAAGAUAUGUCGAGAUUUCUCCGGGAAGAUAUGUCCAGCUGAAAACCAUUGCCGUUAAACCACCAGCUUUCGAAAUUUCAAAUUUCCUAACACCAGAGGAAUGCGAAAGGAUCAAAGAGCUAGCCCUAGAUGCUGGACUAUUUACCAGUACAACAUUGUCCAUAGACUUAUCAAAAAGCGGUAUCGAUGAAACCAAGGUCAUUUAUAACGCCACAGAAUGGGAACAGAAGUUCGCCAAGUGCGACAACAACACUGACAAAAUACUAGACUUCACGGAAGUACUACGCUGUCUUCCAGGGCUCCAAGAAGGAGACAUAGUUCCUCCAGCUAUCCUGGCCGAUUUGUACAUGCAGCUGAAGCUGGACCUGAACUCCAAUGGAUUCAUUGAUGCAAAAGAACUCUGGUUGAUCCAUCUAGAAAACAAGACUAUUGAGAUCGAGGAAUGGCUCUCCCGCUGGCGAGGAGGAGAGUUGCCCAAAGUGACAGGACGGGGACGCGGUCGAAUCAGCGAGCAGGCUUGGAUUAACUGGAGUCGUUUUACAGAUCCUACCAUAAGGACAAUCCGAGAUAGGUAA